GGCUGGAGGCGAGGACUGAAGAGCGGCGGCGGAGCAUGAGUCCGCCAGACGCGUGCGUGAGACGGAGCCAGACGGACCUCGACGGCGACAACAUGACCUCGUACCUGCAGAUCGAUGACGAUGAGAAAGGUCACGACCUGAAGCUCUUCUGCGUGCCCCGGCAUUAUGAGGACGACCUGGAGAAAGUCAUCAUCCCUCAUGGGCUCAUCAUGGACAGGACGGAGCGACUGGCCCGGGACAUCAUCCGGGACAUGGGCGGGCAUCACAUCGUGGCUCUGUGUGUGCUGAAGGGGGGGUACAAGUUUUUUGCUGACCUCCUGGACUACAUCAAGACCCUGAACCAGAACAGUGACCAGUCGGUGCCGCUGACCGUGGACUUCAUCAAAGUCAAGAGCUACAGUAAUGACAAAUCCACCGGGAACGUCCAAGUCAUCGGGGGAGAUGAGUUGUCCAGUCUGGCAGGAAAGCACGUUUUAAUCGUUGAGGACAUCGUGGAGACAGGGAGGACCAUGCAGACGCUCCUCUCCAUGCUGACUGAGCGUAAUCCCAAGAUGGUGAAGGUAGUGAGCCUCCUGGUCAAGAGGACUCCGAGGAGCUCUGGCUACAGACCAGACUACAUCGGCUUUGAGGUGCCGGAUGCUUUUCUGGUGGGCUACGCUUUGGACUACAACGAGUACUUCAGAGACCUCAGUCACAUUUGCAAACUGAACGAAGAAGCCAAGGAGAAGUACAAAGUGUGAAGACGAGCGACAGACACGGCGACACUGUGACAUCUGCGGCCGGACUGUGAUCUGAAUGUUUAUUUUUCUACCGGAGCCACAGGAUGGACGGAUCCUUUAAUUUAAUCACUUCUGUAAAGAUUUUACUGGAGAUGUUUUAUGUCAUGGAGAGACUGUUCUUGUUUAAGUCCCUCUGUCUCAGGGCUCUGUGAGUGAAGACGCCUUCGUCACUUUGUGUUUGACGUUUUUUGGGGUUUUGCUGUUGACGGCAACACAAAUCCAGGUGACACCUUAAUAUUUCCUGUGUUUUAUUCUUGGAUGUCCCGGUGCCUCCACCACCGCUGUGGCGGACUCUUAUUUACACACGGUGGGUUCGAUGCUGUCAUCAUGGUGGCGACUCAGGAUUCAGGUGCACGUCAAGCCAUAACAUUAUGACCCGCUACCUAUUACUCUGUGCCACAUUCUGGUCUGAAACUGUAGUGUGAAGGAAAGUAUAAUUCAUCAGAUUAAGUUUGUCUUUUAGUUGUAAUGAUGUGUGUAUUGUGCACUCCAUCUUUAAAAGAUUCAUAGUUUACGAAAGACUCAUCGCCUCACUCUUCUGUAUUUACAGUGAAGGGCAGACCAUAAUACUAUCGUUGAAUGUAAAGUGAAGUGUGCAUGAAUAAUAAUAAUAAUAAUGCGCCUUUCUCACUGUUAUCCUAAGUUAACCCUUCCAGUAAUAAAUCUCAAAUUAACAAAGAAUAAUAGCUC